CCUCGGGGAUGGCCGUGACCGCCGAGUUCCGCUUGGCCAACGGUUCGACGCGCUGCGAGGGCAGGGUGGAAGUCAGCCACAACGGCCGCUGCGUGAUGAUGGCUGGGGGCUGGCCGAGGCUCGCGUGCUGUGCAGGCAGCUGGGCUGCGGGAGAGCGCUGUUGGCACUCGGCAGGUCGCAUUUUGGGCAACGACCCGGGCAAACGUGGUGGCCCAACAGCGUGAGCUGCGUGGGCACGGAGCCUUCCCUCUCUGCGUGCAAGGUGAAGCCCUGGGGCAACGGCACUUCUCACCGCGGGAGAGAAGCCAGCGUGGUGUGCGCAGUGGACUGCGGGCGAGCGCUGUCAGCCCCCGGCGGGGGUCAGUUCGGGCGUGGGGACGGCGUCAUCUGGUUAGACGAGACGAAUUGCACUGGGACGGAGAUUUCGCUGGCCGACUGCCGCGCCCGGCCGUGGGGCGUCAAUAAUUGCUACCACGGGGAAGACGCCGGCGUGGUUUGCUCAGGUGACCGAUGCUCCUUCGAUUCCAUCAUCCCCGAGCCGGCUCCCAUCCGGCUGGCCAACGGCUCGCACCGCUGUGCCGGCAGGGUCGAGGUGCUUCAUGAGGAGAAGUGGGGAACCGUCUGCGACCGCGGCUGGGACGAGCAGGAUGCCAAGGUCGUGUGCCAGCAGCUGGGCUGCGGGAUGGCACUGGCGGUAUCGGAUGGGUUGGACUUUGGCGUCGGAACCCUCCGAGUCUGGCUGGACAACGUGAACUGCCAAGGGACAGAGACGACCCUCACGAAAUGCCGAGCAAGCCCGUGGGGAGAGAGCAGCUGCAGCCACGGAAAGCGCGCCAGCGUGGUGUGCUCAGGUGGGUCCUCGGCCGUCUCCAGCUUUGCUCCGAUCCGGUUGGUGGAUGGCCCAGGUCGCUGCGCCGGGAGGGUGGAGGUGUUUCACAAUGAGAAAUGGGGGACGGUGUGCGACGACAGCUGGGAUUUUGCGGAUGCCAAAGUGGUGUGCCAGCAACUGGAGUGCGGGGCAGUGGUAUCGGCACCGCGACGGGCUCACUUCGGGCAGGGAGAGGGACCCAUCUGGCUGGACGACGUGCGCUGCACGGGGACGGAGGCUGCCCUCUCUGAAUGCAGAACCAAGGGUUGGGGAGUCCACGGAUGCGAGCACGGAGAAGACGCCGGCGUGGUGUGCUCAGGAUCUGGCAUUUCUGACCUCGGAAAUCUCCGCCUGGUGAACGGCUCAGACUCGUGCUCUGGCCGAGUCGAAGUGUUUCACGAUCAGCGCUGGGGGGGCAUCUGCACCGACGGCUGGGACCUGGCCGAAGCCCAGGUGGUGUGUCGGCAGCUGGGCUGCGGAGCGGCUCACUCGGCCGCGGGGUCUGCCCAGUUUGGGACAGGAGAUGGGUUCAUCUGGGUGGACGCCGUGGAGUGCAGCGGGAUGGAAGGAGCUCUCUUCGAAUGCAAAGUCAAGUUCUGGGGCGCCGAGAGUUGCAAGUCGAGGGGUCCCGCAGGCGUCAUGUGCUCCGCGUCCACAGGUCAGAACUCGGAAGCCCUGCGGCUGGUGAACGGUUUGCACCGCUGCGCCGGGAGGGUGGAAGUUUUCCACAGCCAGCAGUGGGGGACCAUCUGCGACGACGGCUGGGACCUGAAGGACGCGGCGGUGGUGUGCCGGCAGCUGGGUUGCGGCGUGGCCGUGUCAGCCCCAAGUUCGUCGGUUUUUGGGCAAGGAUCUGGCCCCAUCUGGCUGGAUGGCGUGAGCUGCCUGGGGACAGAAGCCACCCUCGCCGAAUGCCCGGUCAAGCCUUGGGGACACCACGCGUGUAACCACGUGGAAGACGCCGGCGUUGUGUGCUCAGGCUCGGGACUUGACAGCAUCCCCAGGCUUCGCCUCGUGGGUGGUUUGAGCGAGUGCUCCGGAAGGGUGGAGGUGUUUUAUAACAACGAGUGGGGGACGGUCUGUGACGACAACUGGGACCUGAGCGACGCGGCGGUGGUCUGCCGGCAGCUGGGCUGCGGGGGAGCCCUCUCGGCCCCUGGCUCGGCUCGGUUCGGCUGGGGAGCAGGUCCCAUCUGGCUAGACAAUGUGAACUGCAGGGGCCACGAAACAGACAUCUCCAACUGUCGAGCCAAGAUGUGGGGUGUCCACAACUGCCACCACGGCGAGGACGCCGGCGUGGUGUGUGCAGGUGAGAGCGGGACGGGGUGA